UUCUAAGCCUGGAAAAGUUGAUGUCUCUGAAUUCCAUUCCGAAUUGACGGAAAUCUAAAUCUUUUCAAAUCAAAGAACAGAAAAUGAACUGGUGCGGUCGGAGCAACAAAGAACACACACAGAUUUCAGAAACGGAAAGGGAGAGAAUUAGAGUUCAGAGUUCAGAGGGUUCAAAUCAGAAGCGGAAGAAAAGAACGAACGAAUCUGUGAACUCGAUAUAGAGUCGGCCAAGAAUCGGCCGGCUUUGAUAUAAAUGUCACGACCCGGGGGCCUUUUGAGGUGGCCAGAAAAGAGAACGGGAGAAUCAGAGAUGGCCGGAGGAAAAAUAUGGUUCGAAGAUGAGAGAAAUCAGAGAAGAUGGGAAAAUUUUGGCAUUUGAAGAAUACUGUGAAUUUGCUAUCUGAGAAUGCUCCUGCUGAUAUCACUUAUGAACCUAAAAUCGAACUUAUUGUUUGUGGAAAUUGUGUGGGGGUAAGUGGAAAUGAAGGGUUUAAUUUGGCUGUAAUAUGUGAACAUGUUAACAUGGUUAAGACGGUCGACUUAUGUUGUCUCUACAAUAGAGAAGUUAAUAUUGAAACUGUGAUACUAAUUGCUGAAGAAAAUUUUCGUUUGUUGAUUGCAUGGCACGUUCUGGAAGUGGUAUUGUAUCUGCAGAAACAGAAAGAAUAUAGGGAAGAAUUUAUUGACAAGUGGAUUGGUAUAUUCCAUUCCUUAUUUUCAAUUGCUGAAUAUUUGCAAGAACUUAUAAGCAGGUUGUGCAGCCUGUGGUUUUAUCCUUCUUGUAGCCUUGAGGACAAGGCUGAAAUUAAGGAGGUAGGGUCAUUUGAGUUUUUUAUUCCGAAUGAAGCUGCUGUAACCUUCAUAUGAAGUUGUUACAUCACCGACAUCUUAGUUUUAGAGAGUUGGAAAUGCGGGGUGGAGUUCACCCUGUCGACAGGGAUAUAUAUUUGCUUGAAAUGCAUCCUUGCAGAACUGAAAUUUAUGAUUGUUGGUCUAGUUCUAUUGUCUGUAUUCAUGAGAAGACUAUGCAUAAAUCGUGUCCUGAGAGCGCCUCCAGGUAGACUAUUUUGUCCCGAAAGAAGAAGCAUACAACUGUCAAGUAAGGAUUGAAGGUAACACUAAAAGUAAAAUGAUUCUCAGCUCCAAUGAUUCAUAUAGUGAUAAAGAUGCAUGUUUAGAAUCUUUGUUUUAUGAUUAUGUGCCUGUUUGGAAUUGCUAUGUCAUUUUGCCAUAUGAUAUGGGAGGGAUGAUUACAUCUUUAGUUCCAGUUGGGUGGUGCGUUGUUGAAUCUGGUGAUUUCAAUGUGUUUGCUAGUGCUGAAAGUCCAGUUGGCAGUAAAGGUAAUGAUGCAAAAGGAUUUAUUUUGGAUGAACGAAAUGGAAGUGAUUUAGGGAAGAAAAUGUCUAACAUGUGUAGAAGCAUUCAUGGUGCUGUUUGGGAUUAGGGAAUAAUUGUUGUAGAAGGAGAGCAUGCUGGAAUGUCGUCUAAAGACGCAAACAGGGAACGCAAGUCCUGGUUUUGAAUUAUCAAUAGAUUUAAUCAUAUUCCUUACUUCUUCAAGAGUUUUGGUAACCAGAUUAACAGCCAGCUUCAUAUUCAUGCUUCUUUUCCUUGCACUAUUAAAACUAAUGUUGCUGAACCAGUGUCCAGGCCAAAUUCUGGUGGAUCUUAUUUGCUUAAAAAUGGCGGGAGCUGGACAGAAGUAGCUCAAACUAUCAUUUUCGAAACUGAAACAGGAUCGAGCUCUAAUGAAGCAUGGAACAAUACGGACCCGCAUCUUAGCUGGACUGAAAAAGUGACCAUUUUUAGGGGAGGUACAAAGAUUUUUGAAGGUAGGAUCGAAACAAUGGUUGUAAGCAUUGACCAGAACUUUACUUGGUUGAUAGUUUGGCACCUGCUUGCAAGGAAUUCAGAAGUCAGCAGUGCUGAGAAUGGUUACAAGGGAUUAAUAGCUGAUUGGUUAUCUUUCUAUACAAUCUUUUCAUUUUCAGUUUUAGUGUUAGUAUUUGAUGUUAGUAUUAUUGUCAAUUACCGUAGUAUUUUUGAAGUUUUAUUUGGCAGUUUGUUCUUUUUUGAAACACAGUCUUGGGGACAAGACUAUUUUAAGAGGAGGGGUUUGUCACACUCCUGAACUGAAUUGCAAGGAUAAGAAAGUUUAGAGAUUUAUUUGUAAUUUAUGUAAUUUGGGGACUAUAAAUAGUCUACCAGGGACUGCAAAUGGAUUAUCGAAAAUAUUGAAUGAAAUUGGAAUUUUUCAAUUUUCCCUUCUUCUCCGAUUUCUCUCAUCUUCGAACCCUAUUUUUCCUCCGGUCAUCUCUGAUUCUCCUGUUCUCUUUUCUGGCCACCUCAAAAGGCCCCGGGUCGUGACAUUAUCACUAAGCUCAGGCCCACUAACUUUUAAGGUAUACAAUCAGCCCAACAAAGAAAACAGUGAAACUACCCAAAUCCAUUUUCUGGGUUUCUAAGCCGGAAAAAAAACCAGAUGAAAUUCCAAUAAUCACAUUCAGCUUCAAAAUCAACCUUCCCGUCUAAAAUUAGAAACUUUCCCUCCUUUAGCUCUUCCAGCGGUAAUUUCUCCGGCCAUUGCCCAUUGUUCAUCGGUUCAAAUUUCGGAGAAAUGGAAGCCAACAAAUCCAUAAGGGUCUCCGAUGAAACCCAGAACGGGAUCCUACAACUAUCACGGAGGUGGGAUGAAAUGAGUCCUGAACUGUUAUCCAUUAUAUUCAGGAAAAUCGGUCCGGUGGAUGAAAUGGUGAGGUCAGUUAGCUUAGUCUGCCGAGGGUGGCUGGAAACGGUGGCAGGCCCGGACUGUUGGGAGGAGAUUGAAUUGCAGCAAUGGUGUCGGAGUCACUGGAAUUCCACUUCCAGCCGCUCUGAUGGUGCCAGGCUAAAGGUUGACUCUGUUGUUAGAAGACUUGUUCGCUGGAGCAAAUGCACCUUCAAGAAACUUUCGGCUUCCCGGCUCGGCGAUGCCGGAUUUUCUUACGUUUCAAAUUGUGGAAGAUGUCUCAAAAUCCUUCAUAUUCCUGUGAGCGAAAUUACUGAUCAGAUGGUGAUAAGGCAUGCCCGGUCAUUGGUAAGCUUAACAGAGUUGGACAUUAGCUAUUGUUUUAUGAUCACAUUCAAGGGUCUUGAAGCAUUUGGGAAACAAUGCAAGUCUUUGACUCAUUUGAAAAGGAACAUGCCUCCACUGGAGAGUUGUGAAGCUGAUGAUAAGGAGGCACUCACCAUAGCUAAUACCAUGGCAAGAUUACAGCACCUUGAGUUUGAAUUUGGCCGUUUGACGGAUGUUGGCGUUAGCGCGAUAUUUUCCGAGUGUGAGGCUCUUUCUUACCUGAGCAUCCAUGGAUGCUGGAAUGUGAUGCUGGAAGGAGAUCUUGAAGAACGGUCCAAAAAACUUUUGCUCUUUAUCAGACCAUACGUUUUUGACAGAAAUGACAGUGAGGGGUUGUCAGAAAAUGAGGGCACAGAAGCUGAUAGUGGUAGUGAAGAAGAAGAAUAUGUCUGUGUCGAUUCAGAGUAAACAGCAUCCGGAGAACUUUUGGUCUUUAUUGGACCAUCAACUGGAAAAUGGCAGUGAUUUGAUCGACAGAAGUGGAGGCAUGGAAGCUGGUAGCUUCUGGAUUUGGAUCAUACAUUCCGAAAAGGAUGUCACUGCAAAACCGCUUCAGAUUAAACUAUAAGACCGAGUGUCGGUACAUUGUUGUACAGUUUCAGUCUGUAAUAGAGAACAUUUUGCUGCCUGUAGUCGCAAUUCCUUGUGCUAAUUGACUUUAUAUACGAUAUGCUCUUUCAUAUUGCGAAAAAAACAUACCUCGGGAAGAGAAACAUUUGGCAUAUCUGCGAAUAAUACAUCUUUACUAAAUCUAUAUGGCAAGAUUAGUCACCUACAGUUUACAUUUUUAUGAGACAUUUUCCUUCAAGUUGGAGAAUGCAUACAGAGAACCUUGAACCUUGUAAAAGUAAAACGUUGGUUAAAUUUGUUAAUUCCGGGUUUAAUAUACUCCAUGUUUCAAUACUAAAUCUCCAAAAAACAAUUUAAGGAUUUCAAUCCAACAAUCAUGGUCUGAGAAAAAAAUCCAAACUCAAAACAGAAAUAAAUUGCUUGGAAACAAUCUCAAGUAAUCUGGCUAUUCCUAUUCCUCAAUGUUUCGGCUAUUCAAGGAAUGUGAGAAGCAGAUCAUUUGAACACAAAAAGAAUCUCAAGUUGUGUGUUCACAAAAAGAAUCUCAAGUUGUGUGUUCAAAUCGAAGAAGAAUCGAAAAUAAGAAUUGCCCCCAAACAAUUGAAUUAUACGCCAUUCAAGAUCGGUGGCCAUCGGACUAACAACUGUCCCCUUGCAGAAAAUGAUAUAAGCAUAAGCAAAUUUUUUGCUUUACACUCCCUUCGGUCCUGUUUAUAAGACACAAUUUCAAACUACGUUGCACCAUGUGCAUGAGUUUACAUAGACCUCACCCUCCUCCAUCCUAAAUAACAGGCUAUAUACAAGUAAAGUCUAGGCAAAUACCAAGAGCAAAUACAUGCACUGAGACAUGUAUGUGCUUGAUCCAGUCUUCAAAACAAACAAGUCGUACAAAGGAACAAGAAGAAAAUGCAAUAUCAUCCUCAGCUUUGAAGAAAUAAUACAAUUCUUUGACCUUCCUCCAAUCAGAACAAGGUUCUGAAGCAGAAUGCAAAAGAAAAAAAAAACACAACUGUUUCUUCUCUAGAGAUUAAUUCUAAUGCAUACAAUAAGUUAAAUGGAUCCAAAACAAGUACUUUCCAACCCGUUUCUUUGCUAAUCGGGCUGAUAACAUUGUAGGUAAUCUUGUCCAACAAUCAUUUCCUUCCAUUUGGAAAUCGAUUAAAGCAUAUAUCAUCGUUAGCUUUGAAGGCCUCAGAGAUUAGCAAGAGAUGAAUGAGUUUCCAAAAUCUCAAAGUUACCCUCCAUUGAUAUCUUUGACUUUUUCCCAUUCAAAACUUCUAAAGCACAUAGUAAAAAGCGACCAUUUGUAGUUUGGAGAUUAGUUCUAAUACAUUCAAUAACUAGACAGAUCCAACGCAAGCCCUUUCCCAUACAUUUGUUCAUAUAAACCACAGCAUCAUCAUAUUUACCACAUCUAAGAAAUCCUCAAAUGAUUACAUUGUAGGCAAUCUCAUAUGCCAAAUGACCAUUUAUUUCCAUUUGGACAAAAAGAUCUUUUAGCUUCAUCUAGCAAACUUAGCUUGCAUGAGGUAGCCAACUCCUUCAAGAGAGACACUAUUAAACAUAUCCAAAGUGCUUUAUCAAGUCUUCCACUUUUACAGAAUCCAUCAAAAACAAUAGUAUACAUAACCACAUGUAGCUCUACACCAUCCAAGCAAUAUCUGCAAUGCAUGGUUCACUAGCUAUCUUGCAAAGACCAUCUAGCAUUGCACGAUAAAAGGAUUACGAAUUCAAUAUUAUUUUAGGUGUUUCCAGCCUUAGACAGUCUGUCAAAUCCAUAUCCACACCCCAUGAGACAAAUUCUUAUUUAUUAUCUUCUUAAACAAUUCUUGAGACAUGGAAAAGAAUGAAGACGCCAGACACAAGCCCACUUCUGAAGAAGGCUCCCAGUACUGAAAACCCCAAAUCUACUCGACCACUUCAACGACAUCCAAAAAUGAUCGUAGUAGACAUCAAUAGGGAUAAAUUUUCCUCAACCACCCAAGCCCAGAUCAAAUAGGGCUCACACGAAAAUUCUUGCCAGCUUGCAGUUACUGUGGAACAAUGAAAUCCAUGAAAGGGAAUGGGAUACAGACCCGGAAGAUGGGAGGGAUGUGCAAGAGGUCCCGCGUGACAAGCAAGCGUAGUAGUUAAUAUACAUGAUGAAAAUGGUUUAAAGAUGUCCAUAGCAAUCAAAAAAAGCAACCUCUUCCUCUCCUCCAUUAAAAGACAGACAAAGCUUUCCCCCAAAAAAGUUACUCUUCUGAGUUCUGCGAUACCGAGAAUAAUGCCGACAGAACUAAGGCACAGUCGACCCUAACUCUAAAACCGAACCACUCACAAGCAAGUAUUCCUGUUGCAUAAGUAAGCAAUUGAUUUAUUCCUCCCUUCGGAUGGCUUUUACAAACGAUUACAAAAUUAAUCCAAUUUCCGUGUGCAAAAAUAAGCUAUAAGAAACUAAUGAAAUACUGACCUAAAAAAAAAGAAAGGAUGCAUUCCUAGGAAUCCAUGACUGCAACUCACACAAAAAAGGAUUGGAAAAAUCCGCCAAUAACAUACCCAGAAACAAAACUCAAAAUCCCAAAAUCGGAAAUUCAAAAUUUGCAAUAUCAACCAAUAAACAUGAAAUCAAUUUCGAUUGACGAACAAUUAGGAUACGAAAGUUACCUGUCUGGAUAUUGAAGAUCUGAAAGUCGCCAAAAUUAGGGUUUGAAGGCGUGAAAUGGGAGGGAUUAGUUUCUUCCUAUUUAAACGCUUCAACUUCAAAGUUCUACCGUACGUAUUUCCUUUUCUUUUUUCUUUUUUAUAUUAAG